AUGAGGAGGUCAUGGGGGAUGUUGGGGGUUUCCUCUUCACAGCCUUUGCCACAACCACUCACAUAAAAACCUUCUAUUGUUCCACUUGUCCUACUCUUCCUCUUCUCUACCUCUCCACUUUUUCCAUUUUCCAACUUUUGUCUCCUCCUUCUUCUUCAUUGUUGUUUUUGUUCUUCUUAUUAGGCCACAAUGCUUGCAUCCAAAUCAAAAUCUGGAUUGUCUGAAAUUUCAAGCAAUAAGGCCAUGCCUGCUGCAACUGCAACAUCUAGAGUUAGCAAAGUUACCAGGACAGGAUCAACUAAAACAGACCCUAAUCCACCUUCAACACUUCAAAGAAGAAAUUCUGUCGACUCGAAGCCGGCCAGAGAACGUCGAGCCCCGAAAACUAGUGUAACAACACCUGAAAAACCUUUGCGAUCAUCCAAAGUAUCGGCUUCGGAGGUCCAGGAACAACUUGAUGUGGCUCAAAAAGAGCUAAAGAAAGUCAAUGAGCAAUUGGAUUUGGUAGAGAAUGACAGAGCUCAGGCAAUUGAGGGAUUGAAGAUUGCGAAGAAGCUCGCGGAAGAGGCAAAUGAGAAAUUCACUGAUGCUUUAUCUUCUCGGAAGAAGGCCGAGGAGAGGCUAGAGAUUGAGAAGUCCCGCUCUGUUGAGCUUGAACAAGCUAGCAUUGAAGCCGCGAAGAAAGAAGAGGCAUUGGAGAUUGAGCUGAAGAAAGUGAGGGAUGAACUAGCAAUGGCCUUGAAGGCGAAGAAUGCUGCACUUAGCCAAGCUGAUGAUGCUGAUAAGAUUGCCGAAGCUAAUGCGGAGGAGGUUGACCGCUUGAAAGCCUUGCUUGAUUCGAAACUAGAGAGUGUCAAUGAAGAAACUGCGAAGAUGGUGAAGGAAUUAGACUCUGAAGUUGUUUCUUUGAAACAAGGACUUGAGAGAGCCAAGGUGUUCGAACGCAAAGUAACAGACAUGGAAGCACUGAUUGAAGAGCUCCAAAUUAAGGUCGCCGAUGCAAAAAGAGCUGAGUUCGAUGCAAGUGAUUUGGCUAAUGAAUGGAAGAAGAAGGCAGAGGUUUUACAAGUUAGAGUUGAGGAGACUUGCCAAUCUGAACAAUCUUCCUUGGAGUCUCAGGCGUUGUUGACACGACAAGUUGAGGAGGCCAAUGCUUCAUUGCAAGAAGCUUUGUCGGAGAUUGUUGCGCUGCAAGGAAGAGUAGAGUUGUUGGAGACAGAGUUGGCGAGGCAUAAAGCCGACCUCAAGGACUCUGAUCUUCUUCUUGAUGAGGCGCGACGAGAAGCGGUAGAGAUGCAGCACACUAUUCAGGUGCUGAAAGCAGAGUUUCAAGUGGUUGAGGAGGAGAAAAAGCAGGCACUAGACAAUCAGAAAAUUGCUAAUUCGAGCACGAGAGAUGUCUUGGAAGAAAGGGACAAGCUUCGAGAAGAGGUAGAGAAGUACAAGAAGACGUUGGACUCUCUAGCUUCUGCAUUGCAUGAAGCAUCUACAGAAGGCAGAGAUAUGCAAGAAAGGCUUCUGAUGAAGCAAACCGAAGCUGAAAAUGCUCAUGCCCGGGUUGUUGAACUGGAGUCUGCACUGGAGAAUACUAAGGAGAGCUACCAGCUCAUGCUUGACGAAGCUAAAUACGAAAUUGUUUGCCUGAAGAAAGCCAUUGACAGGUACGAGAUGGAAGUGAAGAACUCAAAGUCCGAAUUUGAUGCCAAACAGCUCGACCUUGUUUGUAUCAUGAAGAAUUCUGAAGAAGAGAUCAACACAUUGAAAGCAGAGAUGGCAAAGACGGUGGGUUCACUCAAAGGAGUAGAGUAUGAAGCUCAGGAAGCGAAAGAGGAUGGAGCUCAGAUGCUGGAUAAGUUAAGACAAACUGAAUACAAUGCAAUGAUUGCUAAUGAAGUCAUUGAGGAUUUGAAAGCUGAGAGUUUGGCACUAAAGGAAAGGUUACUAGACAAAGAGAACCAGCUGCAGAGUAUCGCAAAAGAUAACGAUGAACUCCGGCUCCGUGAAGCCACCGCUCAUCUUAAAAUCAGAGAGCUUUCCGCGUUGCUGCCAAAUGCUGAAACAAACAAUACUGUCAAGAAUACAGUUCUAGACAAUGGCAAUGGGGAGGAAGAGGAUAUUAUGGAGAAAGUUAUAGACUUGUCAUCAGAAAUCGAAGCGGAGUCAAUUGAUGAUGAGUUAGACUAUAAGAUGGACGGUAGCAGCUUCGACCAGACGAAUGGCUCAUCGGCGGAGAAUACGGAGAAUGGUUCAGUGUCACCAAACAAACAGGUUGAGCUGAAGAAGAAGAAGAAGGCAUUGCUGGGAAAAUUUGGAGGCCUGUUGAAGAAGAAGAAUAAUAAUACAAAGUAAUGCUUGAUGAUGCUUGGCAUAGUUUCACUUGUUCCUGUUUGUUCUGCAGCAUUGUUAUAUAUAUAUAUAUAUAUAUAUAUAUAUAUAUAUAUUCAUUUGUAUGUUUUUUUUUCUUGUGAUUAUUCUGUGAAGUAUUUGCUUAGAUUUUGCAAGUUAAAGGAAAUGUAAUUUAAGAUCAGAUUAUAUCUUGCUCUUAAUUUUCUUAGCAACCUGAAUGAAAUUUUUGGAUAUAUAAGAAAAAGCAGGGGGUUUGGUUCAUGAAAUAUUUAGG